AUGGCCGAAGCUUUGUCGAUCCGAUCGGCGCUUAAUUAUGCACUGGAAAAGGGAUUUUCAAAGAUCCAACUCAAAUCUGACGCUCAAUACUUCAUCAGAGCCAUGUCAAAGCAAGAGCAAGUCAAAGAGAUCUACGGAAUUCUCUUUGACAUUCACACUCUCGCAUCUAUGUUGGAAACAGUCACCUUCGUUUCCAUCCCUCAAUCUGAAAAUUUUGUGGCUGAUACGAUCGCCAAGAUUGCAAAAAAUGUCUUUGUCUCUUUAAUUUCUCACUGGGACCCACCUGCUAUAAUCAUUGGCCACGUUUAA